AUGUUGGGCCUCUAUCCGGAAGACAAAGUCACAGUCGAAACCACAACCUUCGAGAACGGACUAGAUUCCAGCAAAUGGGUCGUUGACACACGAGGCUAUGGCGGCUCGCCAGGUAACCCCUACUUGCGGCAGAUGGAACCGGACAACGUCAAAGUCAAAGAUGGCCUUCUAGAACUCAAAGUCCCCGGCGGUCAGAAAUACGAUCCUGAAAGCACCGUGGGCCUGAGUUCCGCCCAGAUCAUGACCAACAAAUACAUGUCUGUGGGGUCGCUUGAAAUGACGGUCAAGAUGAGUUCAGAGGAUGGCACAUGUCAAUGUGGUUUCCUCUACGGUAGCGACCACAACGAAGUCGAUAUGGAGUACCUGACCCGCACCAACGUAACCUGGUCAGUGGUCCAGGGAAUGGACCGAGAACGACCGAUCCAGCAGACCAAUCUGAACGUCACUGCUGACCAAACCGAGAGCUUCCACACGUACAAACUGGUCCGGACGGAAUCUAAAGCGUAUUUCCUGAUGGAUGGCAACGUCGUGAACACCUUCGAUAAGAAUAUCCCUACAGAACCGGUACAGAUGAUGAUUGCGCAUUGGACCGAUGCCAAUCCCGGUUGGACUGGAGGCCCACCCGCGAAAGAUACAAUAAUGACUGUUAAGAAGGUCGUGGUCGAGUACGUGGGCGCGACGCAAACAUUCUCAACAUCAACUGCUACACCGAGUGCGACAAACGCUCCGAACCCAUCGCCUUCAGACAAGAACGAUGCUUCCCAACAAUUCGGAUCAAAGGGAGCUCUGUUACCGGCGCUAGCAGCUUUCGGUCUUUACCUCGCUAUCUAAUCGACACGAAAAACGCUGUCUCGCCUCUCGCACUGCUAUAGCGGGAAGAACAUACCAUUAUCCAGGAUUAUACACCACUUCACGAGCCCAUAUUUUUUAUUUUUUUUUAUACCACAUUCCCCUUCAGGGAUCCCGAUUUUCUUCUCUUGUACAUAUUAUCCUACCCUUCUACCUAUGAAUAAUCAUAAUGUAUAACUUUUGGUUGAUGGACUAAAGACGGUUUGCUGAGAUUAGAGUGCAUGCGCGCUUCAAAGAAUAUAUACCAUGUUGUCAUCGGCAGAAGAAGCUGCUACUCUCGAGUCUGGCUCGCGACAAAGGGUGUAUUUCGAGUGCGCCGUCUUCAACCCGGAUUUCUAAUCAAUGUCACGAUAGGCGGAGGUCCGUAACACU